AUGUCGCUUCUUUCUCGCAAUUCCUACCCAGUAAAACCUCCAGAACAUUUGCAAGUCAUUUUGACUGACAUCGAAGAGCAAAUCUGCGUAUUAGUAGACGGAUGCACGAAACAUCUCAAGACCGAGGAGGGGAUUGAGACGACGUGUAGAAUCGCGGGAGGCUGGGUUCGCGAUAAGUUAUUGGGCGCGGAGAGCAAUGACAUAGACAUCGCGCUCUCCGACAUGAUGGGGGAGCCGUUUGCUGAGCAUCUAGUCAAUUUUGCUCGGACCCAAGGCGUCGUAGCCUCAGAGGUCGCCAAAAUCGAGAAGAACCCCGACCAGUCGAAGCAUUUGGAGACGGCGACGUUCCGCAUCUUAGAUAGAUCCAUCGACGUUGUCAAUCUCCGGAGUGAAGAAUACACUGGGGACAGUCGCAUACCGAACCAAGUUACAUUCGGCACACCGUUGCAGGAUGCACUGAGGAGAGACAUCACUAUCAAUGCGCUCUUCUAUAAUAUCCACACGCGGUUAGUAGAGGACUUUACUGAAAAGGCCCGUCCAUAUUGGGGGAUACAUGAUCUGAAGAAUGGCAUUGUUCGAACGCCAUUACCGCCGAGGGAGACAUUCCUCGACGAUCCCCUACGCGUCAUUCGAUGUGUAAGGUUCGCCAGUAGGUUUGAUUUCGCCAUGGAACCCGAACUGGAAACUGCUGUGAAGGAUCCACUCAUUCAGGCCGCUUUACGCACGAAAGUUAGUCGGGAACGUGUCGGAGAGGAACUAACAAAGAUGGUGAAAGGUCGUAAUCCGCGACAUGCCAUACAACUUCUGCACGAUCUAUCGCUAUUUGCCUCCGUAUUCUCAGUACUUCCCAACGAGAUUUCUUCCGCGUUAUCUAGCCCCGUACAAGAUAACGCCAGUGGACUGAAGGCUGCCGUUCUCCUUGAUACCCUCCUCCACCCUUCCCCCAGCAAACUACCCUCCGUUCACCCGACUAUGCUCUCGACUUCAGAAGACGCUUCUUGCACAGCUAGACUAUUCCUUGCCGCAGCGCUCACGCCUUACAAGGGCAUCACCUACUCAGAUAGGAAGAAAAAGCCCCAUCCAGCAGUCGAAGCAGCCAUCCGGGAGUCGCUGAAGCUUGGAACACAAAAUCACUUCUUGGAUGGAAUCCCUGCUUUGUUCGCCGCAGCAGAGAUACUGCGGCUCCCAAGACUAGAUGACGAUAGAUUUACCUUGCCUUCUGAUCGCGUGGCAAUCGGGCUACGCUUACGGGACAAAGUCGUGCACAACCCUAAUACUGGUAGUCAUUGGACGUCGUCGUUACUGUUCUCACUCGUCCAGGACCUGUUACCACAUUACGAUCUUGAGAAUGAUAUUUUGGACGUUAAUCGCGCAUCCGAAAUUAUCGCGAUAUAUAACUGCUUUGUUGACCGUGUGCUUGAGCUCAAACUCCAAGAUGCAGUAGACGCUAGGCCAAUCCUUGACGGUCGCGAAGUUAGUGCGGCACUUGGAGCGCAACGUGCUGGUCCCUGGCUAGGACAGGUUCUCACCCAAGUGGUCGAGUGGCAACUCGGGCACCCACAUCAAACAAAGGAUGACUGCGUCGCGUGGCUACGUACGCAGAAAGCUGAAGGCAGAGUUCAGAUCAAUCAACCUUCCGAGCCAGUCACAAAGAAGUUAAGGACUAAAUAG